AUUAUUGAUAAAGAGACCAAAACAGAAAAAUAAUAGGAAUUCAAGGCUCAAAGAAAAAAAAAAAAAUACAAUUCUCUUCGGAGAAUUCAGACUGAACCAUUGCGAAAACAUUAAAUAAAAAUUAUUAUUAUAUAAAAUCAAAUUAUGGAGGAGAAUAAAUCAAUAUUACACGAGUUAUAUGUGUUUUCAGAGUGGAAACCUGAGCCUGAAUAUAUUCAAAAACCUGACAGUAUCUUGCCAGAAAAUAUAUCAGCAUUAUGGCGUUGGUUAAAAUUUUUUGGACCCAAGAAGAGCUUGAUUGAUAGCAUAACAGUUCACAAGGAAAAGCAGCAGAAGUGGCACAUAGCCCUUGGGGAUGAGGGCAAAGUCAUAGCUGUCCUUACAGAUAACAUACUAGAGAUCAGAACAAAGAGAUCAGACUAUGCUACAAUAGCAGCUAGAACAACAGUGAGUCGUGAUGCAUAUCCACAGUGGCGUAAAUUGGUAUGGAGUCCUGACUGCUCAUUCCUGGUUCUCGCCUAUGGCAAUGGGGUUGUGAGCUUCUUUGACCUUACAGCCUCCAAUCUCUUUAACAUACCAAUUGAUUGUUCAAGACCUGGUGGAUUAGAGUGCACCGACAAUACACAUGCUGUUGCUGACAUAAUAUUUAUGCCACUUCGAGUCAAAGAUAAUAAAUGGAACUGGGAGGUGGCGGUGGUGACGCACGACGGCAAGCUGCGCGGGUACGUGGUGUCGCAGACGGAGGGCUGCAAGCUGCACCACACGUUCCGGUUCGCGGCCGGGCUGGGCGCGCUGUUGUACGCGGCGCCGCACCACACGCUCUACGUCGCCGGCCUGCCGCGCGCCGGCAACAAGGAUCCAGCAUCGCCGCUAACCGCUGGCAUAACGGCGUGGCGCAUAUUAAAUGAUGAUCCAUUCUACAAAUUGUCUGUAGUGUCUGACCAACUCGAGGCUCAACUGGCUAAUGAAAGAUUCCAAUUUUACAUUCCAUUUGUAUCUUCUAAAAAUAUGGAGUUCAUAGUGCAAAUGGUGAUGUCUCCGGACGGGUCGAAGCUGGUGUGCCUGCACUGGUCGGGCGCGGUGUCGGUGUGGCGGCUGCCGUUGCUGGUGCGCCUGCAUUACCACCCGCUGUCCUCGCAGCCGCAACACGAUUUGCUCAGUCCGUUGCCCACUUCCGCUUCCGCGUUCACGCCCGCGCCUGCGCCCGCUGAUAUAAGCUGGUGGUCCGAUAAGGAGAUAAUAGUGUCCCGAUUUAGCGGCGCCGUGACAGUCUGUAACAUUGAGGAUAUGAUGAAUAUAUUGGGAAAGAAGCCAGAGUUCUUCCAGGGAUCGCCACGGGUAACGUGCGCAUACGACGGUACGUUUAUGGUACUCGAGUGCGAGUCCAACGUGUUGCCCGCUAAAAAAUCGCGCAGUGAUGAAAGUAUGGAGGUGGUGAAAGCUGAAGCAAACACCGAGGACUCGUUGGUGGACACGGUCCGCGAGCUGAUCAAGUCGGUGCUGUUCGCGAUCACGGACAUUGAGACGUUCCAGCCGCGGCCGCGCCGCAUCACCGUCGUCUCUAGGGUCUACAGGCUGCUGGGCGUCAAGAGUACCACGCCUAACGAACUGUUCUCCAGAAAGAUCGAAAGUGGCAACUACAACGAGGCGUUGGCAUUAGCGGACACAUUCAACUUGGAUAGCGACCUCGUGUACCAGCAACAGUGGCGAAAGAACCCCGUCUCCACCGAUGCUAUUCAGAAGUAUUUGAGUAAAGUGUCAAAGAAGAUAUGGGCUGUACACCAGUGCGUAGACAGGCUGCCGGAGACUCUGCCCGCCGCUAAAGAACUGCUGCAGUUCGGCCUCGAGCUCACUAACGAGAAGAUCCUCGAUGAAAUAAAUAAGGAACGCAGCGAAGACGAAAUGAAGGAUCUGGACGACAUAACUCUCGAGGAUCUGAACGCGUAUACGAGCGAACUGCUGCGGUGCCGCCACGUUAUGCUGUUCUACAAGGAAAGACUGUAUCUCUAUGAGGCAAUUCUGAAAUGUGAGAAGUCUGCGUAUGUGAAAGACGAAUACGACCGCCUUCGCAGCAACAGCAUCGUCCACAGUUCUAUGGAGAUCGCCAAAGAAGGUCGCAUAGAAGCACUCACUUGUCUAUGGCCAAAUAUCAAGACCACUGCAAUGCAGAUGGCAGUAUUAGAAAAGUUGCCCGAAACGAUCAAUCCAUUAGAGUAUCAACAACUCUUGCCGACCAAACAGCCACUGCAGUGGUUCGACAAAAAAUCGCCUAUAAAAAUAAAGCCCUUUGAACAUGAGCAUGAUUGGUGCAGGAAAGAAGUCUUCAGGUCAAUAUGGAGUUCCAAUUGGUCGGAAGACUCGACCCCGGAAACGGAAACGGUGGAAACGGCGAGCGAGGACAUCGCGCAGUGGUACGACAAGCGGGCGCGCGAGAUCGAGGAGCGCAGCGGGCUGGUGUCGCACGCGCUCAACCUGGCCACGCUGGCCACCGUGGGCGGCGCCGUGCCCGGCCUCGACCACCUCAUGUUCCACCUGCUCACGCUCGACACGCUGCUCUACGACAUCAACGUCGACCACGUCACGCUGCGCCAGCUAGAGAACAUGUCCACCCUGGACACCUGCUGUCUGCUUAUGGAAAUGUCAACGCCGUUAACAUUCGUGUCGGACCUGAAGAAUUUUGUGAUCCCGUUCCUGAAGCGAUACGAGAACCUGUCGAAGCGGAUCGACGCGUGCAUCAACGGUCUCACCGAGUACCUCGAGAAAAGCAGUAUCGAUGAUCUCUCCUCUAUACUGCUGGUGCUGCAGUCACCGAGCGAGUUCGAGCUGGACGUGCGCACGCACCUGGAGCUGGCGGAGCGCUGCCUGCUGGCGCACAACGGCACCGAGCAGCUCGACAAGGCGUGCGACCUGCUCGACACUAUACUCAAGGAGAGCGACGGCAGCAUCUCGAGCAGCGAGCUGGUGCGCCGGGUGCGCGAGCUAGAGCGGCUGGUGGCAGGCAGCGAGCGGCUGGCGGCGCGCGGCGUGGCGCUGCCGCUGCGCGAGCUGCGCGACCACGCGCGGGAGCACGCGCGCGCCCGCCACCUGCUCACCAGGCUGGCGCGCGCGCUCGCCCUCAGAGAUGAAAAACCUACACAACAAGAUUGGGCUGAACUGCUGAAAGACAUCCUUGAGUUACAAUCAUCGCUGUUCACUUGCGUCUCCAAAGAAGAGUGUUACGAGAUCUACGCGUCGUCACUGUUAACGUCGGGCGAUGCGGCGAGCAUCAAGCUGGCGGUGGAGGUGGUGUCAAACGGCAGCGGCGCGGGCGGCCGCGUACAGCUGGUGUCAGCCGCCGCCCGCGAGUACUUCAACUCCGCGUCCUCGCUGGCCGACCCCGCGCUCGACCUCGCUAGAUGCUGUUUAACAUUGAUAAAGGAUGACAACGAGGAAAUAAAAGAGGAGCUGGAUCUCAUUGCAGCUUUACAGAUAUUGAACGCGUUUGGCUUGACUAUUCUUCCCAUACAAGUUCGUCUCUGCGAGGACCGAUUGACCUUGAUCGAAGAUUGUUUAAAACUGGACCCUAAUGCAUUCCUGGCGAGUCAUAAACUGCUCAAACUAGCCAAGCUGUUAAGAAUCGCUGGCGAUGAUGAACAGACGAGGGAGGCGGCGGUGCUGCAGCUGGUGGGCGAGUACGCGAUGCGCGCGGGCAGCGGCGGGCUGGGCGCGGCCGCGGACGCGGCGCGGCGGCUGGCGGCGCUGCGAGCGGGCGGCGGCGCGCGCGCGGCCGCGCUGCUCGCGCACGCGGCGGGCGCCGCGCGCGCGCACGCAGACCGCGCGCAGCGCCGCCGCCUGCUCGCCGCCGCCGCCGCCUGCGCGCCGCCGCACACCCUGCACGACGUGCUGCGCGCCAGGUUAGAAUUGGAACUUGAAGGCCUCCAGCAAAUGGGCGCGUCUCUGAAAGAACACAACCACCUGACCAACCGCUGGCCCUCUACCGACGACGAGUUCUCCGACGCAAUAACUACUCCGGUUAUAGAGAAUAAGGAUUUAAUAGCACCGCCGCAAACAGAGAAGAAACCACUCCUCAACUAUCUGCUUGAUACGUUCCAGAAUAAAUUUCCUUUUGGCGACAAGUCCGAGGGCGUGGACGAGGCGGAGGGCGGCGUGGGGGGUGAAGGUGGCGAGGGUGGCGAGGGUGGCGAGGGCGGCGUGGUGGUGGCGGAGUGGUACGCGGCGCUGCAGGCGCGGCGCGCGGCGGGCGGCGCCCCCUACCGGUACGACCGCUUCGCGGCGCCCGACGGCGACCGCCGCGCGCCCGCGCCCUCCGCGCUGCACUGGUACUACGUGCAGAACUGCCUCGACGGCGGCGCCACCGCCCACCACGAGACUGAAGUGGUCCAGAAAUGUGCGGAGGAGCUGGUGUACAAGGACACGCCGCUGAGCGUGGCGUGCCUGCUGCGGCCGGCCGGCGAGUGGGCGGCGUGCGCCGAGCGGGCCGGCCGCGAGGGCGCGGGCCCCGCGCAGCUGAUCAGCCGCAGCGCCACCGCCGCCUCCGCCGUGCUGUACGCCACGCUGCUCAAAUGCAACGCGCCCGACUUACGCGAUAACGUCUAUCUCGCAAAACCCUCCACGAUGGCGCGCACGACGUUGAAACAAAAGAACGCGUCCGAGGACCAGCUGGAGGUGAUCCGCCAGUGUAUAGAGAAGCUGAGCGGCGCCGGGGACGUGGAGCAGGUGCGGCGGCUCGGGUACAGCGUCAACGGGCUGCUGUUCAACGCGGACGAGGACUACCGCACCGAGGUCAUAUACCGCAUCGCCAGGUGCGGCGACAAGGAGCACCUGUCGGCGGCGCUGUCGCUGGCGGCGCGGCACGGCGCGGACACGCUGCUCGUGUGGCUGCAGCACGCGGCCGCCGCGCCCGGCCUGCGCCUGCACGCCGCCGCGCUCGCCGCGCUGCCGCGCCACCUGCCGGACGCGCACCGCAGAAUAAAGGAGACGUUGUGGCCACUGAUAGAGGGCCACGAUCACAGCGCGCUGCUGAACCUGCUGUCUAUACUUCGCGGAGUGGACGAGCGGCCACUCAUCGCCGGCCUCACCGCCGCCGAACACAUCAAGCUACUCAAGAAGGCUAAGGCCGCCUCUACAGAGCUGGACUAUAAGCUGCUACUAGAUCAGCCGUCGGCAGAACAGUUCUCUGCGCACAUGCUCGCGAUACUGAAGCCGGAGACCAUUGGAAUGGUUUGCAAGUUCCUGCGCUCGCUGCCGCCCACGUUCAAGCUACCCAUCACCGUCAACGCGAUAUAUACCAUGUGGCUGACCAAACAUUUCUUCAAUGUGCCGCCCGCUAGCGCCACUAACAAGAAAUGGAUGCAGCAGUACCGACAGUGCGCCAGCUAUUUCAACAAACUGUCCAAGGAGGACCUUCUGCAGUUUGUUGCUAAUACGUGCUUCACGCGCGACGCAGUGGAACGAGUUCCGCCUGGUACCCGAAACCUGAUGAUAAUGCAAGCGGUGGACUAUUGUCAGCAGGAACAGGAGAACGACUUAAAGUUUAAUAAAAAUGAUCAGACGUGGUCGCAGACGGGGCAAGAGCUGACCCGGUGGGCGCGGUUCUUGGACAACUUCCACUCCAGCACGGUGCAGGCCAUCAUCGAGGCCGCUCGAGCCGCCGCCGACACGCCCGACAUUGCGCAGAUGUGGAUCGAGGUGGAGACGAGCCACGGGGCUGAGGAGGCGGCGGUGGAGGCGCUGGCGCGGCUGGUGGCGGCGGGCGCGCUGCGCGGCGCCGCGCUGGGCUCGCUGCUGCAGUGCCUGCGCGUGCCCGCCGCGCCCGCGCUGCCGCUGCUGCGCGCGCUGCGACACGUGCACACGGCCCCAGAAAUGGAGAGUCUAAUAAGUGGAAUGUGCCAGUACGACAAGGAGGGCGUGCGGCUGCCGGAGGAGGUGCGCAGUGCGGCGGAAGGUCGCGCGCGCGAGCUGGGCGUGGCGCCGGCCCGCCAGGUGGCGCUGCUGGCGCUGCGCACGCGCCGCGCCGCGCCGCCCGCGCGCGCCGCGCUCUACACCGCCGACCUGCUGCGCGCGCACUGCCCCGACCCGAGCCUGGCCGCCGCGCUCACCGAGGAAAAAUUAAUGAGUGAAGAGGGGCGACGCGACGCGUUCGAAAUGUUUUUAGAAAUUUCCGACACGUGGCAGCGAAAGAAGGCCCUCGUGGACGUUCUAAAUUGCUGGCCCCCGACAACGAACAGCGAUUCAAGGAGCUUGCACAGCGUGUACCUGCGGUUUCUAUUAACAGAAACAAGUGAUCAUAAGGAGAGUUUGGUACUCAUCAAACUAUUGCUCCAACAUCCUGUGCUCACUGAAGAGGAGGUGAAAUGGCUUGCUGACUGUGCACCAGCCGACGCAGUAAUUAACACAAUUUGGAUUAUUUUGCUUAGCAAAUGUGAACAAUCACAGAACAUGGCUCUGAAUUUGAUAUUACAGCACAAGCAAUCAAUUAAACAACCAGAUGUUGAAGAGGACCUAAUAAAGGAACUUUUAGAUAAUGGAAUGUUUUUGAAAUUAAUAUCUACUCCAUUGUACUCAUCAAUAAUCAGUUAUAUUAUAACUCGGGAGGCUACCCCCGGAGAGUCUCCUUCGAGCACGUACACGGUUGAGUGGGCAACCAACGAACUUCUGAAAGCCAAUCAUUUGGCGGAAGCAGGACAUUUGCGUUUAAUGUCCAUCGGCGUGCCGUCGCCGCUUCGUGGUUUUUCUCAAACUGUACAAUAUUGCAAGAAGAUGUUUAGCAAAAAUUAAAAUGUCUUGUAUAUUUAUGUCAUAUAUGCAAAGAAUAAUAUAUUGAAAUAUAUGUUUAAUGUCA